AUGGAGUUAGUGUAUGGUCGUUUGACCGCAGUGGAUCUAUCAAUACUACGUUUGUGUUACUUCAACGCAUCAAAGGCCAUGGAUAAAUCAUUGAGCUUCGAUGAAAAUACCUAUAAACAGUAUUACUACUCGCCACUCUCCCCUCAAGAAGAGAGUGAUGACAUCGUCAUUAAUAAUAACACAUGCGAUGGUGGAAAAAGAAAAUCGCAAUCGAUUGAUCAUUUUUUUGAAGCUGAAUCAAAAAUAAAAAAGAGGAAGCUGUUAUCAUCAACCGUAGCACGAGCCGCUAGAGAUGGUGUAUCGUAUAUUUCUACUAAUUCUGACGACGGAGACCAAGCGACGCAUCUCAUCAAAAUUGAAAUGAAGACAAGAGCAGAAGAAAGAGAUGAGUGUGGCAUACGUGUACAGAACACAUCAUUGAAGAACAAAACUACAACACUGAGUGGAGAUGAAAACGAGAAUAUGCAGUACUCAAGAGCUGAAUAUCCAUUCUUCAGUUCAAAAUCUAGCCGGUUGCUCAGUUUCGAAAACUGGCCUCUCGUUAUGCGACAGAAACCUGAAGAUCUUGCAGAAGCCGGUUUCUUUUAUACUGGCCAUGCAGACAGGACCAAGUGUUUCCAUUGUGGUGGUGGCUUAAAAGAUUGGGAAGAUGAUGAUGAUCCUUGGCAGCAGCAUGUUCAGUGGUUUAGUCAGUGUGCUUAUGUAAAAUUUAAACUCGAACAGAGUUUUGUAUUAGAUUAA